AUGGCUCAACGACACACUUUCCCACAAGAAUACCAAUGUCUACAGUCCAAGCAGCAGGUUCCUUCCUCAAGUUCAAUCCGAAACUUGAACCCUUUCCUCGAUGGCAAGGGGAUUCUACGGGCCUGUGGGCGUCUGAGGGCGUCCCACUCGCUGCGUUACGAUGAGAGUCAUCCAAUCAUCCUCUCGUAUUCCUCGUCCUUUGCACGACUACUGGUUCGUUUCACCCAUCGUAUAUCCUUACAUGGGGGUAACCAAGUCGUCAUGCGGCUGAUCCGUUCCAGAUUCUGGAUUCCAAAAUUGAAGGUCCUCGUUAAAUCCACCAUCAACUCCUGCAAGGUUUGCGUCAUCUACAAGAAGAGAUUGCAGACCCAAAUGAUGGGGGACUUGCCCAAGGAAAGGGCGUCCUACUCGAGACCUUUCACGCACACUGGAGUCGACUUCGCCGGCCCAUUCGAAAUAAAGAAUUACACUGGCCGAGCCUGCCUCAUCACCAAAGGGUAUGUCUGCGUCUUCGUGUGCUUCAGCGCGAAGGCGAUCCACUUGGAGGCAACAUCGGAUCUUACGACGGAGAAAUUCCUGGCCGCAUUCUCCCGUUUCAUCGCACGGCGCGGGUGUUCAUACCAGAUGUACUCGGACAACGGGAAAACCUUCGUUGGAGCUGACAAGGUGAUCUCCAACGACUUCUUGGAAGCGACGAGGGAGUGCGUCAUCGCACAACACGCCCACAAGAGCCUAUCCUGGCACUUCAACCCGCCGGGCGCCCCGCAUAUGGGUGGAUUAUGGGAAGCCGGCGUAAAGAGUUUUAAGGCACUCUUUUACAAGGCGACAUCCACCUCGAAAUAUACGUUCGAAGAGUUGUCCACUCUUCUCGCUAAGAUCGAAGCCUGCCUGAAUUCGAGGCCGAUUUCCCCUAUGUCCGAGGAUCCGUCAGAUUUACUAGCGCUCACUCCUGGCCAUUUCCUCAUAGGUGGCCCUCUUAUUUCGGUGUUGGAACCACCAAUUAACCAACCGGCCACCUGCGACUGA